CUAUCAUUCACUUUCAUAAUUUCAUCCACUCGAAAACGACACCCCACAUUGGCACUGGGGACUAGGACCACUACUCCUGUUUGCGCCUCCCGUGGCAAGCCAUUUCGUACCUAGCGAAUGCCUAAAGAAGCCAUAAUUUAUUCCUUCUUUACGUAUUCAUAGUGGCGUCCUCAUAAAUUUGUAUCGCGUCGUUCUUGACUUGAGAGAACACAUUUUUGAGAUCAAUUCUUGGAACUGGUUAGGAAGGUGAGCCACAGCUCGAAUUCACAACCGUUAUUACAGAAAAAAAAAAUCAAUAUGCAUGUGAUUGCCAACUUGCAACCAUCUCUCAACCUUUUUCAAUCUUCAACCCUCAUGCCAUUAUUGUCACAUUCCCUAUGAUCCCCAGCAAAUAUUGCGCACUGUUUCUGGGACGAGGUUACAAGCAACAAUUGCGCAAUCAAAAACAAACUUUAGAAUCAAUUAAAACACAGUACAAACUCAAGUACGGCAGAAAAAAACAAUAUCAACAAAACAAAACGACAUUGCAACCUAUUUCAGAGCAAUUUCGUCUCAGCCUUUAUUUCCCCCUUCUUCAGAUCUCCCCUUGCACUUAAACAAUCAUGCGCAUGUGUCGUUCACCUCAUUAAACACUCCUCAUCAUCACUUCAAGCGCGCCUCCGCUUAGAGGGCCAGGUUAACAACCAUGCCUAGAGACGACCUCUCUAUAGACUUUGUGAAGAAGAUGGCGCCCUCCGCCGAGGCCCAAGAUCCGGCCGCCAUCCUCGAAGACUUUAUCUACCGAACGUCCAACCUACCCGAGGAACUACGCUUCUACCAAGACGAGAUAGCAUACAAAGACCGUUUAUUCAACGACCAUAUCAAGAUUAUCGAAGACUGCGACGCUAAGAUCCAACGCUGGAUUCGAACGAACGGUAGCCAUGCGCCCUUCCCUCGAGAGCAGGCAUUGCGCGAAACCAUCCGUAAUAACUAUGAGAAAGCCGAUAAGCUUGCGGAGGAGAAGAUUGCUCUGGCACAUAAGGCUAAGGUCCUUAUUGAUAAGCAUCUUCGACAUCUCGACAUGCAGAUCAAACAGCUAGGUGAUCGAGGAGAGCCCGGCUUCACCGACCCUGAUGAACUUCCCUCCACGGUACGACCUAGCGCCGCGAACAACAACAACCCCAGUCUUCGAGGGCUAUCCGUGACAACGUCUAACAUCACGCCACUCAAUCCUAUCUCGACCAACGCAACUCCAACGACUUCGCGAGCCGCUAACCCCCAAAUCCGAACAACCCAAUCGCAAACCCACAUCUCCAAUUCCGCACCUACGUCCCCCGCCGCAAGUAUGAUCAUGAGUAACCGUAACCAGCGCGAGUCCUCUGCUGGACCUGGAAGUGGUGUCCCCAAGAGAGGGCCACGGGUGAGUUCUGGCCUAGGCAGUCUGCCUACGGCAUCGAGUGGGUUGGCUCGGCAUUCUUCUCUCGGGCCAGGGACACCCAAGGCGGGAACACCAGGAGCAACCGUUAGGGCUGGGAGCGCAGGACCCCGAGCCAGUUCUAAAGCAGGAAGUAUAGGUGCCGGGAGAAGAGGCACGCCAUCAGCAGGAGUUAGUCGUAAGAAACCACCAAAUUCGAAAUCGACACUGUCACGUGUGAGACGUGCUGGGAUAUCAAAGGGAUCCCCGGCAUCGACAGCAGAUAGCGAGCUUUCCGACGCUGAAUCCGUUCGAUCGUCACGCGCCGGGUCUCGAGCCGGGAGCGGAACGCCUGUUCCCCGCCCUCACCUACAUCAUAAACACCGUCGUACUCACAGUAAAGUAGAAGGAGAUGAAGAGAUGCCAGACAGGGGGUCCGCGUCAGCAGGCUCUGGGGCAUCGGAUGACGAGGAAGACGAAGAAGGAAAGAAAUAUUGUCUGUGCCAGCACGUAUCAUACGGCGACAUGGUAGCCUGCGACAACAACGCGUGUCCCUUCGAGUGGUUCCACUGGACAUGCGUGGGCCUCAAAUCAGAACCUGAGGGCCGCUGGUACUGCCCUUCUUGUACCGAGGCUAUGAAGAAGAAGGGGAAGUGAAGUUGGUUCUUGAACUACCUAAUAAGCUGUUGUUGGUAUUUUAGGAAUAAUAAUACCUAAUGAUUGGAGGGUGAUGAUGAGAUUACCGUCAGAUGAGGCAUAAAGCUCACUACCGAAUUCUCACAACCCUUACUAAGUACGCCACCCAGAUGCGCUACUGGGAUUUUCAACUAGUUUCGGGUAGUUAUUCAAUAUACUCGGCGACCAUGAAACUCAAAAUCGCCACGAUACAGUCAGACCCUUAGGAGAAAUUUGUCUUGACCGACAUGAAUUUCCAUUUUGGAAAACGGGAAGGGGCGUGAGGCGAUUCAAGAAGGGAAAUUCCGGGAGGCGAGCAAUAUGGGGGCGUAUGGGAUGAGCAGCGCGAUGAUGGGUGAUGGCAAGUCUUAGUCUUUCUAGUAAAAUAGGAAGACUUACACACCCAACCACUAUAUACUAGGUGUCCCAAAGGAUAUAGAGCCGUGAAAGGAUCAGGACCAUGUAAGACACUCAACCCUCACAAUUAUCUAGGUAGUCACAUCGCAUAUCAUGACUGGGAGCUCUCAACAUCAAUGAAGUCUCCGAUUUUCUUGAA